AUGCCAAGAGAGCACUGUACGCAGGUGAAGGUGGAGGCAGUGGGUGGGCCUUCCAUUUUGAACUGGGACACCCCCAAUGGUCUCUUUGAAAGUUUAAUUGUGCCCAUCAAGAUGGAGACUUUUUUCAAGGAAUUCUGGGAGCAGAAGCCCCUUCUCUGCAGAGAUGACCCUGCCCUGGCCACGUAUUACCACCCACUGUUCAGGCUCUCUGAGGUGAAGAGUCUUUGCAGGUGGGUUAUGUGCUAUGGAAGAGACAUAAACGUCUGCCAGUGUGACAGUGGAAAGAAGAAGGUUUUAAACAGAGAUGGCAACAUGCACUUUCUUCAGCUGAGAAAAUAUUUUGAUCAGAAAAGGGCAACAAUUCAGUUUCACCGACCUCAGAGAUUUAAGGAUGAGCUUUGGAGGACCCAGGAGAAGCUGGAGCACUGCUUUGGCCCCUUGGCUGGCUCGAGUGUGUACCUGACCCCGCAGGGUCUCAGAGCUGCUGCACCUUAUGAUGACGUCGAGGUUCCCAUCCUGCAGUUGCAGGGGGAGGAACACUGGUGUCUCUGCCAGCCCUCUGUGCCUUUGGUGCAGGAGUACAGCAUGGAGGCCGAGGGCAGGAUCGGGUGCCCGGCGCACGAGUUCAUGGUGAAGGGACAGGGCUCUCCCAGGGAUUUGCUAUAUUUUCCAAGAGGGACCAUUCAUGGAGUGGACGCUCCCGCAGGGACCCACUCUGCUUGCCUGACCAGAACAAUUUACCAAUCCAAUUCAUGGGGAAACUUCCUGUUGGGCACCAUCUCAGGGCUUGUGUUUGACACUGCCAAGGAGGACGUGGCGCUCCGGGUCGGCGCACGGUGGCGGCUGCUGGUGCUGAGGAGCACGGGGCAGGUGGAAACCGCAGCUGCUGCAACAAGAUCAGGCAGCUUUCUGAGAACCCUUGCAGACUGGCUGGAGAGCACCAAAGAGCUGCUUUUUGACAUGAAGAAGGACUUUGUUAUGAAGAGGCUCCCACCCAACUUCAUGGGGUCAGAGCAGAGCUUUCAAUGCCAGGGUCUUCUAGGUAGACAGAUGCCAUGGCUGGACAGCAUAGUGAGACUGCAAUUUAAAGAUCAUAUUGUGCUCACAGUAGGGUCAGAUCAGGAUUACAGCUCCCCAAACUGGCUGAUACAAGAAUCAACCUUAAGAAAUUAUAAAUCCCCAGGCUUCAUCUGGAUGAAAUUCCAAAUGGUUUACCUUUAUCAUUCCUUAAAGAACAAGAGAGACACACACAUGAUGGGGAAUGAGAGCCCUGCUCAUGGACUUUGCUUUCCUUUAUCACCUAUGGAUUCACCGAAGCAAAUUUGGAACAGUUCAGUUGUUUCUGUCAAGGACCUGAGACUUACUACAGACAAAGAAAAGGAAAGCUGGGUGUUAUCCCUCUGGACAGAAUGUUUAAUCCAGGUAGUCUAGUGCUUUUACAGAGAUCCAAUGUCUGUUAUUCCACAUACGUAUGGAAAACAAAGAUUUGUGUGCUAGGGAGUCCCUAUUGCUU